CUGCUCCUUCUGUAUACACGUCGUUCCUGCCACAGGAACAGGAUCGCUCGCCCAGCAUGGAAACCAUGACCGCCAACUUCCCUCACCCUCCGCUCGCGGCCGUCUCGCCGUCCACGCACCUUCCGCAGUCGCAAUCGCCGUCGCCCCGCGCGCAGAAAGCGACGCGUACAGUGCACACGCAACCCGAGCACUCACAACACCACCACAACCAGCACCACCACCACCACCACCCGACACUGUCCGCUCCUGCCAGUCAAGAAUCCAUGGUCAGCGUGCAGAGCAGCUACGGCAGUAGCGUACCUCACCUCCAAGGCAGCGAGAGCAACCUGUCCACGCAGACCGAUCUGACGUCGCCCUCUUCCUCGCUCGGACUCAAGCACAUCCUCACCAAUGUCACUCCCGCCUCACACGAUGCGACGCAGACUACAACACAAGAUAUUUACAGACCGAGGAAUAAGACUCCCGAAAAUGCACGGCACAGCCCGACGCACACGGCCGAGCACGCGUUGUACAGUCCCAUGAGCAUCACAUCGCCCGUCGCGACGAAUGGCGCUAAGAGAACUGCGAGUGGUCAUGUGAAGAACGCGUCCAGCAUCCACACCUCACCAUAUCGCGUGCAAUUCCCGGAACGCGGAUCGCGACGGGAGUCUGUCUCGUCUUCUGGCAGCAAAGCCGGCGAAAUCGCCGCGACUCUCAAAGCACGCCUCGGAUACGCCAUGGCAAAGGUGCAGAACGGGUGGGAGCAUAAGUCGCUUGCCGAAGUGGAGCAACUCGCAGCACAGCGACACCGCAGUCGGACGAGCGUGUCCCAAAUCGAUCAGCAACGCCCGGGCACGAGCGGUCUGAGCAAUGGCGCGUCGAGACUUUCCAUGUACGACCAGUAUGGCCGCACCAUGCUGGACAUGACCGAGGCUCCUCCUUCCAAGCGCACGUCUGGGAACUACUCACAGUAUCAGGCUCAGCUGCAAUCGCAGCUGCAGCAACAUCAGCAGCACUUUGCGUCGCAAAGUACGACGCCGCGAUUGCAGCCUGCGCCCGACAUUCGACCGACCUCGAGCCAGAGGGGCGGCGCGUACUCGGGGCCUAUUCUGCAGCCACUCCCACAGCACGUGAGCAAUGCCAUGUCUCCUCCGCGGACGCCCAUCAGUGCGACGUCCCCUCAGCGGCCUCCAACAAUUCGUACCCAGACACAGACUGCCGAGGCCGAGCGAGAAGCACUGCAAGCGCUGUUCCAGCUCGGCUCGCCUCAUACUUCUGUCGGACCGCACAUCCCUCGGACUGGUACCGCGACGACCAAUUCGAGUCAGAGUCAAAUGUCGCCCGCCAGGCAGCCCGAUCUCACACCCCGACACGCUACAUUCGUGCGAAGUGAGAGUGCCAGCACAUCAUCGAGCAGCGGUCUUGACCCUACCUCCUCUCAUGCCUUGCAGGAAAGUCGUACGCGACUGAUUGAGCAGCUUGCAGACCAAUGACCGUGAUGGGUGCAACGAUGUUUCCUUUUCGGGAGUUUGGAUGCAUAUCUUAUCUCGCCUCACGACCUGCCUCUCUCUGCUAUUUCCUUGUACUAGGAAGCAUUGUUCGGGAAUGUUGCUACGACAUGGAUGGAUGAUACCCAGCUCUGCGCGCAUUUUCACUUGAAAUGUGGUGUUAGUAUGGCGGCAUUUUGUUGAUGAAGCUUGCGAGCGUCAGCAUUGUGGAUGGAAGCUUUGCACCUGCUUUUCUUGUUUUCUUGUCUUUCUUGAACUCUCCUUUGGCCAGUACACCAUGGUCUGGAUGGAGCGGUGCUUUGGAGGCGUCGUAGGAGUUGGCAUAUGGCGUACGCGCCUGAUGAGUGCCUUUAUAGAUCGACUUUCUUGUUUCCCUUCUUCUUGUGCAUACCUUGGCGACGGAUGGACUGGGCUGGGCUGGACUAUGAUGAUUGUGAAUGAAAUGACCAGAUAUCCCCCGA